CGUGGAGUAGAGUCAAGUAUGAACAGUCUGUCGCUUGCAUCUGCCAGGACGUCAUGGCCUUUAGGUUGUUUGAGGAGAGCGCCCACGUGGCGGCCUACCUGCAGUAUCGAGUGACCCCUUAUGAACUCAUCAACAAGAUUAUGGAUUUUAUGGGACCAAAGAGGCAAAACAAGUUUAACCUGGCAGUGGAUGUGGGCUGCGGAAACGGGAAGGGAACCGUACUCUUGGCUCCGUACUUCAAGCAGGUCGUUGGGACAGACGUGAGCCCCGCUCAACUGGAGCUGGCUCGGGCCCAUAGCACUUCCUCAAAUGUCUCGUACUGGCCGAGUCCCGCAGAAGAACUGCCGUUUAAGUCCAGCCAGGUGGACCUCGUAACGACCAUGACGGCGGCCCACUGGUUCGAUCGGCCUCGGUUCCUGAAGGAGGUUGAGCGGGUACUGAAGCCCAAGGGCUGCCUUGCCGUGCUAGGCAACUUCAUGGAAAAGGAGCUGGAGUACGGAGACGCCACUAGCGCACUUAACAACAUCUGUAAAGAGUUUUACGCAGCUCUGCUUCCUUUUAAUCACCCUUGUCUGGGCUCCUGUCCGUCACAAAUUUACUUCGACAUGUUUGACUCCUGCUCCUUCCCGGAAAAAGAGUGGAACGGCUGUCAAAAUAUUUACAGGACGGUGACUAUAAACAGUUUUAUUGGUUUGAUAGAGACAUUUACUAACUACCAGAAUCUGAAGAGCCAGGAUGCCGUCAAGGCCGAGCGACUCUCUGACCACAUCAGAAACAAGCUGAUGGCUGCCAUGCAGGUGUCCUCGCCAGACACGGAGCUCACUAUGAAGAUCACGUAUUUCUACAUGCUGGCACGAAAACCGUGAUCCUUUUUGUAUUAUAGUCAUAGAAAUACUAUAAACCAAGGAUCUGUUAAGAGUUACAAAAAGAAAUACUCCUUAGCCCGCGUACCUUUGAAUAAAGCGAAACUACAAAAA